GUUUGAUAAUUAACACCAACAAUUAUUAUUUUUCAUUGGUUUUAAAAAUAUAUAUAUUAUUUUUUUACUUUACCACAAACAAUGUUCAAAACCUUUAAUUUUACCAUCAGUUUGCCUAAUCGCCCUUGCAUAAUGUCAUUUCCUUCAAUUUUCCCCUUCUUCUCUCUAUUUCCUUUUUUUUUUUGUUCUUAAGCCUUCAUUUUUAUGUUUUUUAAUUUCCUUUAGUGAUGACGGAUGCUAACCACCAAUUUUUUUUACUCGCAAUUUCUUCAUUUUUUUAUUCUCUCGUUCAUAUUUCUUUUUCAAUUUUUUUUGUUUUAAUUUUUUUCAAAAAUUAUCAUUUGAUAUGUAUUUUCACUAUAUAUAAACUAGUUGUUGGUGCGCGCCCCCCCCCCCAACGUAAUGCUAUGAAUGUUAUGGGUGAUGUUUGGAUGCGGUGAUUUGGAUACGGGUUACAAUAUGUAUGUCAGCACAAAUGUAAUUUAACAAUAUUAGUAAUGAAUUUAUAUAUACACAAUGUAGUUAUCAACUUAAGCACUUAUGGAUGCCCCUGUAUUACUGGAACUAUGUUAUAGUUCAUGUGGUGGAGUGUUGUAUGUGGAAGAACAUGUUGGUGUCUACAAAAGGUGUGACUAAGGGCUAGCUCAUUUCUCAUGGGUAGUUGUAGUGUAUUAUUUCUUUAAAUUGUGUGUGGUUGAUUUGUUUUUUUUAAAAAAAAAAAAAAAAAAAAAAUUAAAAAAAACAGGGAUCAGGAAUAUUGCAGAACAUAGGUACAUUCUAUCAUUGAUAUUUGUAUACAAUUUGUUGGGAAGUAUGUGCUGCCAUACUAUAUCAAUGGUGUAAGGAAUAUAAUCAUUUGUAAGUUGACCUAUAGGCAAAAUAAGCCUGUGCAAUAUUUGGGCCUUACUGUAAGUCUAGUAUUACACGCAUAGACAUUGAGAUAUGUGUCUCUUAAUUAAUUACGUUAUUAUUCAUUUAAUAGUAUUGUAUACUAAGUCUUUUAAACUUCAUGAGGCUUUAUAUACGGUGGUAACGUAGUUGUUGUGAGCUGUUUAAAAAAAAAAAAAAAAAAAAAAACCUUACACAUUUUCAUUGGAUAUCUAAAAAGCAAUGUGUGAAUUUGCACUGUCAUUUACCGUUCGUGUAGAAAAAGAGACUUGUGAUAAACUGGUAAGACAAAAGUAAGGGUUUGUUGAAUUUUGUAUAUUGCACACUUGUUUUGGUUUUACUUGAAUUUGUUUGGGUGUAUUUUUUGUGAUAUGUUUCAUGUUGAAUGUUUAAAAUUGAGAAGGCUUAUGCAUUGAUUGUUGUGUAUUGGUUUUGCUUGUUGUUGUUUUUCUGGUUUUUGUUUUUUGUUUAAAGUUUUUUUUCGGCAGAGGAAUUGCAAUAAGCCUUUGAGUUGUGAAUUCUAGGGUUGAUGUGAUAAUUUUUUUUAUGAACAUGCUGUUAAAAUUUGGGCGUAAUAUAGUAUGAUUUUGACGAAUGGUUUUGCACUGUGAAAAUUGAGCGAAACGUAGGAGGGGUAGAGGUGGUUGACAGAUACAAACACAUUAGAGGUUAGGCUAAAAAUAUAUAGGUGUUGUGGUUGUGCAGUUAUUGUAAUCUAGUGUUGAGUUUCAUUGUAUUGAAAUGAGAGGUGAUUAAUAUGGAAAUUCUGGUAUAACCUUUAAUUGGAUUUUUGGAUGUGGAAUUGAUGAUUUGUUUGCUAUUGAGUCUCUGCAGUUUUCUAAUUGUUCAGCGGUUUAAGAGAGUUGAGUCAUUAAUUGGUUUUUGUAACAUUAUAGGUUGUAAGAUUUGUAUUUUUAGUUUUGUUUUGCAUGCUUAUAUCUACUUACUCGGCGGUUUAUAUGUUAUAGCGUGUUCCUGAUGGUUUGGAAGAGGUUUUAGAAGAUGGCUUUCUCAACAUUGAAUUGUUAGUAGACGGUAAUGAUGAAUCUUGGUUUGUUACUCUGUUGCACGAAGAAUCUGACAAUGGUUGGAAGAUGUAUCUCGACAUAGGGUGGUCAGAUUUUAUGGAUGAUAAUAGUUUAAAUGUUGGCGAUGUGCUAAUGUUUAAGUACAUUAGUAAUAAUUCUUUUGCGGUUAAAAUUAUUUACCGCACUGGACCUCCACAGAGUGUGGGAGCAGGACAAACUUAUGGAUUUGGCAACACUGGCAAGAAGCGUGGCCGUAAGCCAGCUAUUGAAGGAUGUUCUGAAAAAAUGAUGGAGGCAAAUGCCUGGCUCGAUGCACUUGCAGAUGUGUGCGGUGAAUAUUUCUUCAAGUUUUCUUUCACUAAAAAGUACUUCGAUCAGGCUAUAAUUAAUAUUCCUCUGCCUUUUGCGAAAGAACAUUUCAUGGGAUUUCCUCCAACAACUGUCGUGGUCUUACAAAAUUUUGAUAAACAAUUUGAUGUUGAAUUGAAGAUUGUGAUGAAGAAAAAUAAAAUCAUUCAAUGUUCCUUGAAGAAUGGAGUCAGAGAGUUCAUUGAGUAUUACAAUGUUCAGGUGGACGAAGUUGGGCUCUUCAAAUAUAGGGAAGGUCAUCCUAUAGUGUUUGAUGUGGAUUUAGUUCUAGUAUGAUUAGCCAAUGAAAAGGGUUUAGGAAGUUCUUUAAUAAUGUGUAUUAAGUUCAUAGAAGUUUGUUUUGUUUAUCAACUCUAUCAACUAAGGCUUGACUAAAAUGUGGAAUAUUGUUAAGCUAUGUGGGGCUAAAUUGUUAUGUAAUAGACUGUUUGUAGCUACUAUUAUAUCUACUUUGUUUGGUUUUGUUUUUUUUUUCAAAUAACUUAUGCACAUGUAAAUGUGAUCUAAAUGCGGUUGGUACUUUCUGGUUUAGAUUUGAGAAUGUAUGUUUUGCAAAAUCAGUAUAGGCAAGUAGUAUAUGCUUUGUGAGAAUGAAACAUUGAAACAUCUAAAACAACGGUGUUAUGCAAGUAUUGUAUGCCUAUGCUAUGAAUUGUUGCUUCAACACAGAGAAGUAAAUCAGUCUAAUUGAAUGAUAGCAUGAUAGUUAAA